CCUUUAAAAAUCAACCCUGAUCUCCCAAACCGCCAAGCCCUAUCCUCCAUUUUCGCUGUCGCUUAACCCUUGGCUUCUAACCAUGAACCGGAGAACCCGUUCCUUUGCCAGGCAUUCCCUGACUCGAUCUGAACCCUUCCUAAGAUACAUCAAACCCGGGGCCCUAGCUCGGCUCAGGGAUUCACGAAUCAGCGCUAGAACCCACCGAGCCAGUUCCGUCUUUCAGAUCUCUCCGUCAUCUCCGCCGUAUAACGGCGUUCAACCGUUAUCUGCAACCAUCGAUGGCUUUCCUUGCUUCGCGGCGACGGGGAGGGUCUACGGCGCCAGGUGUCUCCAGAGGAAGAAGCUAUUCGCGGCCAAAGGAAUGCUGUUUCUGAAUUCAACACAGUCAGCUUUAGAUUUGCCCGAUCCGGUUGUGGAUUUGUUAACUACUGAAUGAAACUAGUUUAAUCUGUGAAUUUGAGCUCUUUCCCCCUUUUUAGCCCUAGUUUGUAGAUUUGUUUACUCUACUCUUGCUUAAUUGAACAAAAAAAAUAAAAGAAAUUAAUAAUAGUUGUAAUCAAUUCUCAGUUUUCCCUUCUGAUUCUGUUAAUUGCAAUUGUAGACAGUUUUAUGAUCUUCUUUUAGGAAAUUAAAUCUUAGUUGAUGCUUUAAUUGAUUAAUGAAAAAUGAAAGAUCUGUUUGGUAAGUGUUUGAUGGAUUGGGUAAUCAAAUUUAUUACUAGUCUCUUUAAUUAUGUUA